AGUCAGCAGCUGUCUACAAAUCUGGCAAAUUGUGAUAAAGGGAGCCCGUCAAUAAAGGGAGGGAACACUGGCUGCUUGUCUAACUCUGCCUGUAAUCGUCCAAAGCCCGACGUCUGCCACAAAUGAAGGGAUGAUAUGCGAGGAAUAAAGUCGUGGACUCUAAGCUCAUAGACAUAAAGAAAAAAAAAGAAAGUAUAAAAAGAAAGAAAGAGACACGAGAAGCAAAUGCGCGAGGACUAGAAUCCAGUCGCUGUUUUUUAUUUUCUUCUUUUCUCUAAAGAAACCUCACGGAAAGUGAAAGCCCAGAGCGCAACAUUUCCUUGGGGAGCACUUCUUCAAUGUAAAGUUGAAAGAUCCCAACAUGAGAAGCUCCUGUUACCUUAAUAAAGAGUGUGGCCCAGCAGAAGGAGACUCAGGAUGGGGGUUCCGUCUCAGAAUUAUCCUGCCGAGCUGAUCUUGACCCGGGGUGUACCUGGAAGUAGAAGAAGCCAGCACAAGUUGAGUAGAAGGGAAUAAGGAAAAAGGUUAAUUGAAGCAGAGAAAGGUGAGGGAGGGUGGGUUGAAGAAUCAAACGGUUGGAGUAGGCUGGCUACGUUUAAGUUAGCUUGUCAGGUGAUUAAGGGUGUGGUUUAGGCGUGGUCCUGCUCCCGAAUUUAAGUUAACACCUUAACUUCAUUUGCUGAAAUAUGCAAGGUCAGCACUGAAAAGGGCAUUAUAUGGAUGUCAGCAUAUGUUUCUCCAAAACCUGCAUAUACUGUUCAGCAUCAAUGGUGCCUUUCCAGAUGUGUUAGCUACCCAGGCCCAUGGGCACUUACGUAUCCCCCGUUACAUAUGUCAAAUUCUGAUUGCUUAAGACCACAGGAUAGUUGGCAACUUCGCCUCAGUCCAUCUUAAAUGGGCUCAGGCCCAGAGAAGUUGCUGGUGCCUCUGGAUUAUGUUCCUAUAUGGUUUCCUCUUUGCAUGGUAGAGAUUGAAGCUGCAUUUGUGGAUGUAGUGACAAACUGCGUUCACAGACAAUGGUUUUUGGAAGUUAUUUUGAACCAAUGCAGUGACCUCCACUACAGACACUGUAUUCUGUCACAGAGUGGUAAACCUCUUCUCAUUCUUACUCCUGAAAAACACAGCCUCUAUUGAAUGCCUUUUUAUAUCCAUUCAUGUUGCUUAAUUUUGUUGUGAGAAACAGACACUCCAUGCACACAUACUGUACCUGUCUAUUUGAUUAGGUAUUUGAUUCCUUCUUUGCUGACCCCUAUGCUCUUUUUUGUCCUUCCUACAUGGUCUGCUUGCUGUCGCCUGCAUCCACAUCCUGGUCUCCACCCUCCUACCUCCUCUACCACCCCCCAGCGUGACUCACACACAUUCACAAGCACACAAGCGUCCAUCUUCCUGAGGCCCUCUGCGUCUCUGGACCAGGACGCCGUCAGGACCAGCAGCAGACGAGCCUCCAACAUGAACGACAUCUAUAAGGCCGCGGUUGAGCAGCUGACAGAAGAACAAAAAAAUGAGUUCAAGGCCGCAUUUGACAUCUUCGUACAAGAUGCUGAGGACGGCUGCAUCAGCACCAAGGAGCUGGGGAAGGUGAUGAGGAUGCUGGGCCAGAACCCCACACCGGAGGAGCUGCAGGAGAUGAUUGAUGAGGUUGAUGAAGACGGUAGCGGCACGGUGGACUUUGACGAGUUCCUGGUCAUGAUGGUGAGGUGCAUGAAGGACGACAGCAAAGGGAAGUCAGAGGAAGAACUGGCGGAGCUUUUUCGUAUGUUUGACAAAAACGCAGAUGGUUACAUCGACCUGGAGGAGCUGAAAACAAUGCUGGAGUCUACAGGGGAGGCGAUAACUGAGGAUGACAUCGAGGAGUUGAUGAAGGACGGGGAUAAGAACAACGACGGCAAAAUUGACUACGAUGAGUUCUUGGAGUUCAUGAAAGGAGUAGAAUAAUCCAAAACAAGAGAAGAUCCUGAAUGAUAUUUUUGUAUUUCUCUGUGGAAAGAGAAAGGAGCUGACUUGGAUAGAAACAAUGGAACGACUUUGCAAGAUUCAGUUUAAAACUGUAGCUGAAUGUCUCUGUAUUUUUCCACCAUCUCUUGCAUUGUUGUAAAUACAGUUUCUAACUACUUUUAGAGCCCAAUGUAUACUGAUUUGUGUAAAUGUAUCCAAAUUUCUUAUAUUUUCUAUAGGAGCUAUACAGUAGAGACUCCAUCUUAUCUCUGAGAGGCCAGAGCCAGUUUACCAGCCUUCUAAAAGGGAGGCUGAUAUUGUUCAGCUGUGCACAAAGUAUGUGUGCGCACAAAGCAGAACACAAUCAUGAGUCAACAAAGUUUUAAGAGAGACUCUGGGAGACUUAUAGUUUAAAAAUAACACACUGGAUCCAAACUGUAAACUGUACAUUUCUGUGUGUUUAAGAUGCUCUCAGGACAUUUUAUUCCCCUCUCAUGACCCUGGAAAAAUGUCAUAUUUCUACAUGAUAAGUCUGCUUGGGAAGGAAUAAACAAGGUGCAUUUGUCA